AUGCGGCUGCAGCGGCGCUUCCAGAGGACGGUGGCCCUGCUCGCCUCGCUGUGCGUGCUGAGCAUCGCCGUGUCCGCCUACUACCUGUACGCGGGCUACAGGCAGGACCACGACCGCGCCGAGGCGGCCUCCGAGGUGGACUGCGGGGACUUCCAGCUCCCACCCUACAGGCCGGCGGGCGUGAAGGCGGGCAGGCUCCCGGGUGCCCCGAGGGCAGACCCCACAGUCCUGGUGUUCGUGGAGAGCCAGUACUCGCCGCUGGGCCAGGACAUCGUUACGAUCCUGGAGUCAGGUCGGUUCCAGUAUCAUACUGAACUCGCUCCCGGGAAGGGGGAUCUCCCGGCACUUGCAGAAAAAACGAAAGGCAAAUAUAGUCUCAUUAUUUACGAGAAUAUUUUGAAGUAUGUGAAUAUGGACUCCUGGACGCGCGGCCUUUUAGAUAAAUACUGUGCAGAGUACAGCGUGGGCGUCCUUGGCUUCCACAGGGCGGGUGACAAGGGACCGCAGAGCUUCCAGCCCAAAGGCCUCCCUCUCUCAGCGUUGGGGAGCCUGGCCCUGCGGGGCGGCUGCAUUAACCCCCACUCCCCCUUGCUCCACGUGACCAGACCUUCCAGGCUCCAGAAGGGUUCUCUGCCUGGAGCUGACUGGACAGUGUUUCAGAUUAAUCACUCUGCAUACCAACCAGUUAUAUUUGCCAAAGUACAGACCCCAGAGAACGCCUCUCCUCCCACCUCCAAAGGUGCUUUCUACGCCACGGUGGUCCAUGACCUGGGCCUGCACGACGGCAUCCAGCGAGUUCUUUUUGGCAACAACUUGAACUUCUGGCUACACAAGCUCAUCUUCAUAGACGCCGUUUCCUUCUUGUCCGGGAAGAGGCUCACCUUGUCCUUAGAUAGGUACAUCCUCGUGGACAUUGACGACAUCUUCGUGGGGAAGGAGGGAACACGGAUGAACCGCAAGGAUGUUCAGGCCCUGCUUGAAACUCAGAGCCUUUUACGUGCACAAAUUACAAAUUUUACAUUCAACCUGGGAUUUUCAGGGAAAUUUUACCACACAGGGACCGAGGAGGAAGACAAAGGCGACGACCGCCUGCUGGGGUCCGUGGCCGAGUUCUGGUGGUUCCCGCACAUGUGGAGCCACAUGCAGCCCCACCUCUUCCACAACGAGUCCUCGCUGGUGGAGCAGAUGAUUCUCAACAAGAAGUUCGCCUUAGAGCACGGCAUCCCCACGGACGCGGGCUACGCGGUGGCCCCGCACCACUCGGGCGUCUACCCGGUGCACGGGCAGCUGUACGCGGCCUGGCGGAAGGUCUGGGGCAUCCAGGUGACCAGCACCGAGGAGUACCCGCACCUGAAGCCCGCGCGGCGCCGGAGGGGCUUCAUCCACAGGAGCAUCAUGGUUCUCCCAAGACAAACCUGUGGCCUUUUCACUCACACGAUUUUCUACAAAGAGUACCCCGGAGGCCCCCAAGAGCUGGACAAGAGCAUCCAAGGGGGCGAACUGUUCUUCACGCUGGUCCUCAACCCAAUCAGCAUUUUCAUGACCCACCUGUCCAACUACGGCAAUGACCGGCUGGGGCUGUACACCUUCGUGAACCUGGCCAACUUCGUGCAGAGCUGGACCAACCUGCGGCUGCAGACUCUGCCCCCCGCGCAGCUGGCCCGCAAGUACUUUGAGAUCUUCCCGGAGCAGAGAGACCCUCUCUGGCAGAAUCCUUGUGAUGACAAGCGCCACAGAGACAUUUGGUCUAAAGAGAAAACCUGCGACCGCCUACCAAAGUUCCUGGUCAUCGGACCCCAGAAGACCGGAACCACUGCUUUGUAUCUGUUCCUGGUCAUGCAUCCCUCCAUCCUUAGUAACUCCCCCAGCCCCAAAACCUUUGAGGAGGUACAGUUCUUUAAUAGAAAUAACUACCACAGGGGGAUUGAUUGGUACAUGGAUUUCUUCCCGGCCCCGCCCAACGUCACCACGGACCUUCUGUUCGAGAAGAGUUCCAAUUACUUCCACUCAGAGGAGGCCCCCAAGAGAGCAGCUGCUCUCGUCCCUAAAGCCAAGAUCAUCACCAUCCUCAUCGACCCCUCGGACCGGGCCUAUUCCUGGUACCAGCACCAGCGAUCCCACGAGGACCCCGCAGCACUGAGGUUCAGCUUCUUCGAGGUGAUCUCGGCGGGGCCCCAUGCGCCCCCCGAGCUGCGGGCCCUGCAGAGACGGUGCUUGGUGCCCGGGUGGUACGCCAGCCACAUCGAGAGAUGGCUCCUGCACUUCCCCGCCGUCCAGUUGCUAAUUAUCGACGGGCAGCAGCUGCGAGCGGAUCCUGCGACCGUGAUGGACGGCGUGCAGAAGUUUCUGGGCGUCUCCCGUCAUUAUAACUACUCCGAAGCGUUAACGUUUGAUUCUCAUAAAGGAUUCUGGUGCCAGUUACUGGAAGAAGGUAAAACAAAAUGCCUUGGAAAGAGCAAAGGAAGGAAAUACCCCCCAAUGGACCCUGAUAGCAGAGCCUUCCUGUCCAGCUACUACCGAGACCACAACGUGGAGCUCUCCAAGCUGCUGCACAAACUCGGGCAGCCCCUGCCGGCCUGGCUGCGGCAAGAGCUGCAGAAGGCGAGGUAGGGCCCGGACACUUGGCCUCCACGCACCUUCCCAAAGCUUCCGGAAGCUACCAAAAGGCUGUUUAAAAAUAUACCUCUGCAAGAAGGUAGAGCCAAGCUGCCUCCAUGUGCCGGCGUGCAGACGGUCAGAAAGACAAAGAGCCUGUCCCCGGCCGCGGGGCCGCGGCCUUCCUCCGGAGCCGGGCUCCCUGGGGCCGCUGUGCGCUCCGUGGAGGUCAGCGGCAACCAGCAGGCGUAUAAACCCAAACGCAGAACUGCUCCAUUCCCCACAAACAGUUACCCUUUUAUACAUCAGCUAAGAUUGUCCCUGUAGGUUUUUAGACUGUUUGCCUGUACGAUGUUUUCUUACUCUUUGAUUCUAGAAAGUGUCCUACGAAACAACAAGCAAAAUAAAUGUCACAAUGCAGCAUAAAAUGCCAAAGGCCUGACACCCAUGAAAAACACUUGCUGAAACACAAACCCACCAAAG